GUGAAGUAUUCAGUGCUUUCAGAAUGCUCGUUUGAGCGUUAGCACAAGGAUGUGUACACUACAGGUACUGUCGCAAAAAACCAAACAAGUAACAGGAGUGGAGAAGGUGGCGUCGAGAGCUCACCGCCGCCCCCGACCGGGGACUCUUAAACGGCACGCCGAGUGGCGCCGUCCGCGGCCCGGCCGGCCGGUCCGGUCACUGGUGUCGGUAAGCUACGUAACUAGCCGUUGUGUGUAUAACUGUGUACUUUGUUUUAUUUUAUUUUUUCAAUAGAAUCAACGUACGCAACGAACAUCGCGAUCUUAGUUUUCUUUUGUUAUUUAUGUUCCUUUUGGUUUUUUGUUUUCUUUUUAUGGACCAGGACUAAGCUGUAGGACCUUGUAUUUUUUGGACUUUUUUUUUAAAUUGAGCAUUGUUUCGUUCAUUGGAAGUUCGAAAUGAUUACUUUUUAGUAAGAGGCAUAAAUUUAGGAAAAAGAACUGAUAAAGAGGACCUUAUAUUUUGAAUUAUAUGUGGCGUUGUGUAUGUGUUUGUAUUUUUUUAUAUCAGAUUUACAUGUAUAUUAUCAUUUCUUUUAUUUUUACAUUUGUUGUUAGCCCCAUUAUUCGACAGGUAAU